AUGAUCGUGGAAGACCUGGAGUCCCUCUGCCCGUGUCCCGAUAAGUUCUCCCUCGCCGCCCGCCCGACGCUCACCUCGCACGUGACGCUUCAGAUGAAACAGGAGGCCUUCUCUGACGCUGCGACAGCAUACUUGGACAAGCUGAAGGAUGAUGGCACAGUGUUGACGCUGAGCAUUCCAUCCGGCGAGAAGACCGGCCCCAGUAAGACUCCCGUCCGCCUGACCGUGACGGAGUCCAAUGAAGAUGUCAACCGCACUGUAGACUCGCUGUCCAUGCCAGAGUGGCAGAAGAUACUGGAGCGGGGCGGGGAUGUGCUAGAAACGGAAACGUUCCACUUCAACCACGUCACAUUCGUAGACCCACCAGCAGCAGGUGGCGAGAUGGUGAUCCUGGACUGCAGCAUGCUCGAGCACGCCAUUGUGUGCGGCCACCACAAGAACGCGGAGCACGCGCGCAAGGCCUUCGCUCUCACUCCCCAGCUGCAAGAAUAUUGUAACAGCGCGCUAGCCAAGGACCCGUACCUGCCGAAAGCCGAGGAGCUGUGCAUCGCGAUGUGCCCUAUCAAGAAGCAGUGGCUCCGCGCCGUGAUGAGUCAACAACUUGGCGGUCCGGGCGGCGCCCAGGCCCAGGUCCUGUUCUACGACUACGGACACAUGCCGACCGUACCCGUCUCCGCGCUGCGCAAGAUGAUGCCUGAGUUCGCGCGAGACAUCCCCGCCGCCGUCUGUACCCUGGUUAUCAAAGGUUAGUGCACCAAUUGUACGUUAGAUGGCGCUGUACCGGCCGGUGGAAAUCCUACAUCGCGCUGUUAAGAUUUUUCCUAGGAUAAUAGGGUUGGGUGAUGGAUUUUGUGUACUGUCCUUGUGGAUCGCUUGGA